AUGAACGUGGGCGUUGCGCACAGCGAGGUGAACCCCAACACGCGGGUGAUGAGCAGCCGGGGUAUGUGGCUGAGCUACGCGCUCGGCGUGGGCCUGCUGCACGUCGUGCUGCUCAGCGUGCCCUGUGUCAGCGUGCCCGUCGCCUGGACCCUCACCAACGUGAUCCACAACCUGGGAAUGUAUGUGUUUCUGCAUGCAGUUAAAGGAACUCCUUUUGAAACACCUGAUCAGGGGAAAGCAAGGCUGCUAACACACUGGGAGCAACUGGAUUAUGGAGUACAAUUUACAUCAUCAAGAAAAUUCUUCACAAUCUCCCCUAUAAUACUGUACUUCCUGGCAAGCUUCUACACCAAGUAUGACCCAACACACUUCAUCCUCAACACAACCUCUCUGCUGACGGUGCUCAUCCCCAAGCUGCCACAGCUACAUGGUGUCAGGAUCUUUGGCAUCAAUAAAUACUGAGGAGAAGGUGCGACAUGGA